AUGCAGGACUGCGACUUUCCCACCAUGGGGGAGGGCGUCGAAAAGGACGCAAAUCUCUGUACAAUCGAAGGAUGGUCGUAUAUGGACAGGGAUGAUAGGGCGGAGGUGGCGCCGCAAACUUGCAACCGGGUAGUCGAUUGUAUUGGGAGUGAAGAGUGCGAGAUGCUUCGGGAGAAGUUCAAUCGUAUCGGGAACGCGCAUUUCUAUUGGGCCGUGCCUCGCCAGGUUAUUUCGGCCUCGCGUUCCGCUCCCGCCGAAGACCCGCGCCACCGUCCCGCCGAAGCCCCGCGACACGAUCCCGCCGAGGUCCCGGUUCGCGGCCCUGCCGAAAAACCGCUUCCCGCUCUCGCCGAAAAUCCCCUUCCCGCUCCCGACGAGGACCACCAAACAGAACAGCCGGCGAACCCUUUCUUAAAAGUUCGAUGGCCACGGGGUGUGUGGUUCCUGAUGGGCUGGCCGAUGCCUGAUGAGCUGGAGGGAAAGCCGGUUGUUUGGGAUGCCGCGCGGGGCGAGGUCCGCGGUUGUCGCGCCUGCAGGGCACAUAAAUACGUGACGCGGGCAGGGCUCUGCCUAGACGCUCAUGGAAAAGUGACGAAGUUGGAUGAAGACCUACGCAAGGAGGAGGGGGAAGCGGCGUAUCCCAAAUGGAAGAAGGUUCAUAAGAAGGACUUCAAGCCGGUUACUUCGCGCAAGCGCGUACGCGAAGAUGACGACACGAGAGACGACAGCAGCGACAACAAAUACGUCAAGAGAAAGGAGAAGGAAAGGGCGAAGAAGCGGGAGCGGCUUUGGUAG